AUGGAGAACGACCGCGGAGAGAUUGUCGACCUUUACGUCCCCCGCAAGUGCAGCGCCACCAACCGCAUCAUCAAGGCCAAGGACCACGGCUCUGUCCAGAUCAACAUCGCCAAGGUCGACGAGAACGGCCGCGCUGUCACCGGCGAGAACCACGUCUACGCCCUUUGCGGCUUCGUCCGCGCCAUGGGCGAGUCCGACGAUGCCAUGAACCGCCUUGCUCAGCGUGACGGUCUCCUCAAGAGCGUCUGGAGCGCCCAGCGAUAA